AUGGUGGACAGAAAGUGUUCUAAAAACUUUCCAAAGCAAUUCUGUAAUCAUACUUCACUUGAUUUAGAUGGUUUUCCUUUAUACAGGAGAAGAAAUUAUGGAAAUUCUGUUGAAAAAUCUGGUGUUCAUUUAGAUAACAUAAAUGUUGUUCCAUACAACAAAUAUCUGUUGAAAAGAUAUCAUGCACACAUUAAUGUUGAAUGGUAUCCUGCUGUGAUUAGACUGCCUUUUCAUUUGCCUGGUCAACAACAAGUCAUGUAUGAGGCAGACGAUGAUAUUGAAGAUGUUCUUGACCGUCCUUCAAAUGUUUCUUCAAUGUUUAUAUCUUGGAUGAAGUGUAAUGAAACCAAUAAAGAAGCACGAAAACUUACAUAUGUUGAAUUUCCUACAAAGUUUGUGUGGAAACCUAACCUUCAAACUUGGAAGCCAAGGGAAGUUGGACGUUCUAUUGGUAGAAUUCACUCGGUUUCUCCUAAACUUGGCGAAGCAUAUUUUUUAAGAAUUCUUUUAAAUAAAGUGAAAGGUCCAAAAUCAUUCGAAGAAAUUCGCACGGUCAAUGGUGAAAUAUGUUCUUCUUUUAAAGAUGCAUGCUAUAAUUUAGGCCUUUUGGAUGAUGACAAAGAAUACAUCGAAGCAAUUAAAGAAGCAAGUCUUUCUGGAUCUGGUUUUUAUUUAUGUUUCUUAUUUGCUACGAUGUUAUUGUCUACCAGUUUGUGUAAGCCAAAGAUUGUGUGGGAAAACACGUGGGAAUACCUCUCAGAUGGAAUUCUUUAUACUCAACAAAAGAGAUUAAACUCUCCAGGUUUAUCACUAAACGAAGAUCAAAUUAAAAACUUGACUUUGUUUGAGAUAGAACAAAUUUUACUUCGAAACAAUUCCAGUCUCAAGAACUAUAGAAGGAUGCCUUACCCUGAUCUUGAUUCGGUUUCAUCUUCAAACAAUCGUUUGAUAGCCGAAGAGCUAGAUUAUGACAUACCAAAUUUGAAGAAUGACUUUGAUCGGCUCUUUGUUUCAUUAACCAAUGAGCAACGCAACAUUUUUCAAGAUAUCAUGGCUAAGAUUAAAAAUAAUAAGGGAGGUGUAUUCUUUAUUUAUGGUUACGGUGGAACGGGUAAGCCAUUUCUUUGGAAGACAAUAUCUGCAGCAAUUAGAUCCCAAGUUGAGAUUGUUUUAAAUGUUGCUUCAAGUGGGAUCGCUUCAUUAUUAUUGACUGGAGGUAGGACGGCACACUCUCGGUUUAUAAUUCCCAUCAAUCUUACCGAGGAUUCUUUUUGUAAAAUAAAUCCAAAGAUUGAUCUUGCAAUUUUAAUAAGAAAAGCCUCAUUGAUCAUUUGGGAUGAAGCGCCUAUGGUACACAAGCAUGCAUUUGAAGCUUUAGAUCGAACUUUGAAGGAUAUAUUAAAAUUUGUCGAUCCUACAAACUCAAGUAUUCCAUUUGGAGGUAAAGUGGUUGUUUUUGGAGGUGAUUUCAGACAAAUUUUACCUGUUGUUCCGGGUGGCAGUAGACAAAACAUUGUUAAUGCUUCUUUAAGUUCUUCAUAUUUAUGGCAACAAUACAAAGUCCAUAAAUUAACAAAAAACAUGAGGUUAACUGUUGGAAGCGAUCCAUUUGCUGUUAAUCGAAUAGAGGGUUUUUCAAACUGGCUUUUGGACAUAGGAGAAGGUAAUCUUGGUGGUCCAAAUGAUGGUGAAGCAAUUGUUGAUAUUCCAGAAGAUAUUCUCAUUAAUGAUCUAUGUGAUCCGAUUGGUUCAUUAAUCAAUUUUAAAAAUGGCUUAUGCAAUGGCACUAGACUACAGAUAAAAUCUUUGGGCAAGCGUGUUAUCGAGGCAUUUAUCAUAUCUGGAAGUAAUAUUGGAAACCGGACAUUUAUUCCAAGAAUGUCUUUAACUCCUUCUGAAAACAAGAUCCCGUUCAAAUUCCAAAGAAGACAAUUUCCAUUGGUUGUAUGUUUUGCAAUGACAAUUAACAAGAGCCAAGGACAGUCUUUAUCGAAGGUUGGAUUGUUUCUCAAGGAUCCUGUUUUUACACAUGGUAAGGGAUAUCGAAUCAGAAUUGGUGAAUUAGGUACGAAUGAAUGUGUGUCAUUUAUCAGAAAAGCUUCAAAAGGUGAAACAAGUAUGACUGUUCUUGGGUAUCUUGCAAAGCUUAUACUCGGAAUCUUUGGGUUAAUUGUUUCAAUUGCUAAGGUUGCACACAUCAUUAUACGUUGA